GGAACCUUCCUUCCUUCCAACCAACCAAACACACACCUCUCCAUCUUCUCAAAUAUAAAUAAAAUUGUUCUUUUAGAAUCUUUAUGUAUAUCACAAAUACCCAAUUAAUUAGCCUUACCUCAAUCUCCACAAAGCAUCAUUUCUCCAGCUCUCUGCAGAUUUUGUUAAAGAGAUCAGAGAAGAAGAAGAAGAAGAAGAAGAAGAAGAAGAAAGAUGUCUGGAAUGCUUCCUGGGGUUGAGUGUGCAAGAAGGAGAAGGUUUCAUCAUCAUAGCAAUAACAACAACAACAAAAGGGUGUUGGAAUCAUCUUUCCCAAUUGCAGCAACAAGAAAAUCUUUCUGCUGUCUGUACACCACCAACAGCUCAUCAUCAUCAUCAAACCCACUCAUGGAGGGAAGGGGCUUAAGAGAAGGACAUGAUGAGGAUGAUAAGAGGUUGGGUGAGGUUGCCAGAGGAGCCAAACAAAGAUUGGAUGAAAAGCUAAUGAGAGUUAAAUGGAAACCACACCAUAACUGGAAUAGUGUCCAGAAGGUGGAGUUCGGGUUAAAAAGUACUGGCCGAACGAAAUGUAAUUGGGCCAGAAAGCUGGGCUUUUAGGCCUGCUUAUUUGAUGAUACUCAAAGCUUGAAAAUUUUAGUUUGAAGAUUUUGAAUGGAAGAGCUUCGUAGGGUUUUUACAAGAGAAGGCCCACGGGCCAGUACAACUGUAUUACACAAUAUAAAGUAAAUUCUAUCUACACAACAGCACACUAAUAAACAAAUUUCUUCAACACUCCCCUUGUGCUGAGCUGUAGGUAGAAUUGCAGAAUCUUGAUCUCUUGUCAAAAUCUCGUCAAGUGUCAAAACCCUGUGAAUAAAAAUCUUGAACGAAGAAAAGAAUACCGAUCCUUACUUCGAUCGCUAUGUUCAUGCAUA